UAGGGCACCAGGGUUCAAGUGACACCCUUAUGGGAACUGGAAGAAGACGGAAUCAUAUCAUAUCAGCCACAAGCAAAAUCCUGUCAGCUUUUGGGGACAGUAUGAUCCUGGAGUGAAGACAUCUGAAUAAUUUUGACUUUGGGUGGCCAAAGAAAGCAGGAUAAAGACAGGAGUCAAGGACAAACAAGCCCACCUGCAGCAUGCCUGUCGAGACCCUCCAGCCUGGCCUGAGACAGCCGGUGGCAGUGAGGGCUGCUGCUGCUGGAACGCCCAACCGCCUUCUCAUGCCCAACCGCCGCCUCCUCCAACCAAGAACAUUGGAAGCAGCUGAGCCCAGGCAGAGUGCAGUGGAGAGACUGGCAGCAGACAAGGCUAAAUAUGUCAAGAACCAGGUGGCCCUCUUUAAGCAACAGCCAAUCAAAGUGCCUCCACCUAUCAUGCGCAAGCCUCUGAUGUCCCCUGCCCUGCGGCCCACCCGUAAGGCCCAACUGCCUCGCCCUGACUUCACCCAGCAAGGGAGUUCCCCACUGGACCUGAAGCACCUGAGUAACCUGAUCAACGGGGUGGGUGAGGCUGAAACUCCCCCUACCUCCCCAACCAUGGACCCAGUGGAGAGUAGUCAGGCCCCUGACUGCCCCACUACCAACUCUCCCUGUCCCUCUCCAAUCUCUGCUGGGGCUGGGUCAGGGGCUGCUGAGAGUAUCCAGACCCUCUGUCCUGAGUGGUCCACCCCAGUCAAAGUAAGGGUAAAUGCCUCUGGCCCACUAAGUCCUACAGGGUCUCCUACUGCAGUGACCAUACGUAGAGUGGACGUCAUACCCCAACCCCACCACACCACACCAGUGAGGACGCCCCUUAGAGCACAGCAGCAGAUGCGCGUCCCAUUGCAGCCCAUGGCUCUGCAUCCACACACCCAGAUCCACAACGCAAUGUCACCUCUGCGUCUCUUCCACCCCCGAACUACCUAUGCACCAGGCCCUGCGUCUCCUAAACCUGUCCCAGCCCCUCCACCACAAAACCACACCCCAAACCGCACCUCCCAGUCUAGCCCCGUCCAGCUCCCAGCCAACCCCCCCAUACUCCCGCCCUCCCCGUCGGUCACCUGCUUAUCGUCCGGUAGUUCCAGGAAACGUCCCUCUCUGAACCGCUCCAAAUCUGACAUGAGUGACCGUUACUCCCGGGCCAGUACUGAGCUGGAGCACUUCUUCAACCUGUGUGGUUUGGACACUUCGGAGAUGCAGGUGCUGAAGGGGCCAGGCUCAGACAUCGCCUCCCUUGCACAGUUCCGCAGUGCCAGCGCUCCUGGGUCAGAGUGUGCAGGCCAGGAGGGUGAAGAGGAAGGUGGGGCUGCAGAGCCGGCACCCUAUGGCGUCUCAGUAAUUGAGAGGAACGCCAGAGUUAUCAAGUGGCUUUAUGGUAUCCGCACAUCCAAGGAUAGUGCCAGGAGCACCAACAUGUAGGGCCAUGAGAGACUGAUGUAAAUAUAGGCAGGGGAGAAAAACAUGGAGGUGCACUUUAAACACGAUUCCUGUACAGAGAAAAAAGCAGGAGAAGUGUGACUGCCGGUAUAAACCAACUAAUGAAAAUGAAAGGAAGGGACUGAUCUGGACUAAUAGUGAAAGAAACUGUCUGUCAAUGCAGUUUGAUACAGUGUUGGACAUCAUUUGUGCAAAUUAUUUAUUGCAUGGUACUUGGUACUAACACCUGUUUCAUCCAGCGCAAAGCAGCAGUGUUUGGUGAAUGACGCUUCUAUUGAUGAUGUGGAUCCUCUGUACCUCAUCUCCCAUCGGUCCUCGGUCCUCAAGGAGGCUCAGAAAAGGCCUGACGUCCAAGGCUACUCACCUUCCUCCAGCCAUUAUCAUUGGUAGUUCCAUGGUGAAGCACAUCUUAGUUCCUGGAGCUAAAACCCUGUGCUACCUGGGGGCUACGGUGAAGGAUAUCACAGGAUUUAUUUGUUCCCAGCCAAGAGCUGCUGCUGUUGUAGUGCAUGUGGGAACAAAUUAUAUCAAAAAUGGUAAAUCAGAGAUAAUGAAACAGGAUUUUAUUGCGCUGAUCAACACCCUAAAAGGCUCUGAAAAGCAGCCGAUUAUAUCUGGCCCCGUGCCAUCGCUGAGUCUCGACUGUGAAAGGUUCAGCAGGCUUUUAGCACUUCAUA